GGGGGGAUAUUUACUGGAUAAGAAGUGAGAGUUUAUAGGUUAAAAGUUAGCAGGGUGAACGUAACUUUGGGGAUCAGAGACCCUAGUUGUACGUCUUUAAAACUUGAAUCCUGGAGCUGGACGAAGAAAACAUUUCUGCUGUAAUCGUGACUCCCGAGACCACCGAAGAUGCCUAAUUCCACCAUCAACUUCUACGCCCGCUCGCAGUCCUUCAGCAUCUCUGAUAUUAUUGUCAUCGCGACAUAUUUUCUUCUGAACCUUGCCGUUGGCAUCUGGUCGUCAUGCAGGGUGAGCAGGAACACGCUGAGUGGAUAUUUCUUGGCUGGGAGGGACAUGGCCUGGUGGCCGAUUGGCUCGUCUCUUUUUGCCAGCUCGGAGGGCUCGGGUCUGUUCAUCGGCCUGGCGGGGACCGGGGCCGCCGGCGGCAUCGCUGUGGCCGGCUUUGAAUGGAACGCAACCUACGUGCUGCUGGCACUGGCUUGGAUAUUUGUUCCUGUCUACAUCUCCUCUGGGAUUGUGACAAUGCCGGAGUAUCUGGGGCGCCGUUUUGGAGGAGAGAGGAUCCGAACUUACCUGGCCGUCCUCUCACUCCUGCUGUCCAUCUUCACAAAGAUAUCGACUGACUUGUACUCUGGAGCCCUGUUUGUCCAGGUGUGCCUGGGAUGGAACCUCUACCUGUCCACAGUCCUCAUGCUGGUGGUCACUGCUCUCUACACCAUUGCAGGCGGGCUGGCAGCUGUCAUCUACACAGACACUUUACAGACAUUUGUCAUGAUUGUCGGUGCCAUCAUCCUUACAAUUACUGCUUUCAAUGAGAUUGGUGGCUACAGCAACCUGGAGCGGGUUUACAGCAUCGCGGUUCCCAGUAAAAUCAUCCCCAACAGCACCUGCCACCUGCCGCGGGCCGACGCCAUGCACCUGUUCAGAGACGCCGUCACCGGAGACCUGCCGUGGCCUGGCAUGACCCUGGGGCUCACCAUACUGGCCACCUGGUACUGGUGCACGGACCAGGUUAUUGUACAACGCUCCCUGUCGGCUAAGAACAUGAGUCACGUUAAAGGAGCGUCCAUCUUCGCCGGCUAUCUGAAGUUACUGCCCUUCAUCUUCAUCAUCCUGCCGGGCAUGAUCAGCCGAGCUCUCUACCCAGACUCUGUGGGAUGUGUGGAUCCAGAGGAGUGUGUGCGGGUGUGUGGCGCUGAGGUGGGAUGUUCCAACAUCGCCUUUCCCAAACUGGUCAUUGAGCUCAUGCCGAGUGGCUUGAGGGGGCUUAUGAUAGCUGUGAUGAUGGCAGCUCUGAUGUCGUCACUGACCUCCAUCUUCAACAGCAGCUCCACGCUCUUUACCAUGGACAUCUGGAAAAAACACCGCCCACGAGCCUCUGAGAGGGAGCUGCUGUUGGUUGGCAGGAUUGUGACUGUGAUCCUGGUGAUGGUGAGUGUGGUGUGGAUCCCCAUCCUUCAGUCAGCCAACAGCGGCCAGCUCUUCGUCUACAUCCAAUCAGUGACGAGUUACCUGGCCCCGCCAGUCACGGCUGUCUUCACGCUGGCAGUCUUUUGGAAGAGGACCAAUGAGCAAGGUGCAUUCUGGGGCCUGAUGGUGGGUUUGGUGGUAGGCGUGUGCAGGAUGGUGUUGGAGUUCGCCUUCCCUCCUCCCAGAUGCGGUGUUGCGGAUUCAGCUCCCAUGGUCUUACGUGGCGUCCAUUACCUCCACUUCGCCAUUCUGCUCUGUGGACUCACUGCCAUCGUGGUAGCUGUGGUGUCACUUCUCACACCGCCGCCCAGCCACGAACAGGUGUGUAACCUGACCUGGUGGACAAUAACUGAGGAGCAAGAAAGAGAAAUCCCCCUCCAGAAAGUGUCCUCUGUCAGCCACCGUAACUCACAUGGAUCUAAGCGGACUCGUCGGGCGGUGUGCGGACAGGGCGCAGGAUUGUGCAUCUCAGCCAUGCGGUGCUCAGAGCAGCCUCCGACUGCCAGAGUUCCCACCAUUCGAGAGAGUGUGUUCUGGUCCAGGUUCUGCUGCGCCAACGCCAUCCUUUUGGUCAGCAUUAACAUUUUCCUGUAUGCGUACUUUGCCUGAAUGGGCGAUCAGGUUUGAUACCGUACCUCACCAUGCCUCCCGCUGAUCUAUUUUCAACCUGUAAACUGCAAAAUAAAGGAGGUUGGAUGAGGUUA